AUGUUCUGUCUGGGGUCCAAAUGGCAUCCUGUUAGCGUUGACUGCCUCGAGCUGGAGAGAUCUAAACAACUCACAGUGUCGGCCUUUGAAGUCAUCACACCAAGUUCGAUCCCGACAUUCGAUGCCUCAUCGCCCACUACUGUGAUCGCUAAGAUAGCCCGAUUCAAGUGGGAGGUGCCGAGAACUGAACAAGAAACGAUAGCUUAUCAGCUACUGGAUGGCUCUGGUCUGGUGCCACGUUUCCUGGCUCAUAUCCACGAGAAUGGACGCAUCAUGGGAUUUCUGCUUCAAAAAUUGGAAGGACGCCAUGCUUCCAUCCACGAUCUGAUGCAGGAAGAUGGGAUAAAAUUGCUCGACUUUGAAAAUUUCCAGGAGAACGCCAGUCCUGGGUUGAUGCAAAAGGAGCUGGAAAAUCUAAGUGACCAACUUGUCGAGGAGUCAGGAAGGCGCGGAGGCUUCAUACCCUGGAAAGGUAGCGACUGA